AGUUAUUUGGUCCUCGUAUGUACAGAUUUGUGUGGGUAGUACAGGACAAAUGUUUCGUUUGUGCUGUUCUAUUGCAAGUUUUCGUCGAUAAACGGUUAGAAAAAAAAAUGGUACCUCUCGGCCCAUCGCCUGGGCACCAAACGUCCGUCAACAAUUCUUCCACUGCGGCUGCUAGCGGGACAAAAAGCAACGCGAUAUUGAAACCUAAUUAUACAUUAAAGUAUACAUUGGCUGGCCAUACUAAGGCAGUUUCAUCUGUUAAAUUCAGUCCCAAUGGAGAAUGGUUGGCAAGCUCUGCUGCCGAUAAACUUAUUAAAAUCUGGGGAUCUUAUGAUGGAAAGUUUGAAAAGACUAUAUCUGGUCACAAACUUGGUAUUUCAGAUGUAGCAUGGUCCAGUGACAGCAGAUUAUUAGUAUCAGCUUCUGAUGAUAAAACCUUGAAAAUUUGGGAAUUGAGUUCUGGUAAAUGUUUAAAAACGUUAAAGGGUCACAGUAACUACGUUUUUUGUUGUAAUUUUAACCCACAGUCCAAUCUCAUAGUCUCCGGUUCUUUUGACGAAAGUGUACGUAUUUGGGACGUUAGAACUGGAAAAUGCCUUAAAACCUUGCCAGCACAUUCAGAUCCCGUAAGCGCAGUACACUUUAAUAGAGAUGGCUCUCUAAUCGUCUCGAGUAGCUACGAUGGAUUAUGUCGAAUUUGGGAUACUGCCUCGGGGCAAUGUUUGAAAACACUGAUAGAUGAUGACAAUCCUCCGGUAUCAUUUGUCAAAUUCUCACCGAAUGGAAAAUACAUCUUGGCAGCUACGUUGGACAAUACAUUGAAAUUGUGGGAUUAUAGCAAAGGGAAGUGCUUAAAAACAUAUACAGGCCACAAGAACGAGAAAUAUUGUAUCUUCGCGAAUUUUUCUGUAACAGGUGGAAAGUGGAUUGUAUCUGGCUCCGAAGAUCACAUGGUGUACAUUUGGAAUUUGCAGACAAAGGAAAUUGUACAAAAGCUACAAGGACAUACAGAUGUAGUACUUUGCACAACGUGUCAUCCAACGGACAAUAUUAUAGCUUCGGCCGCUCUUGAAAACGAUAAGACCAUUAAACUGUGGAAAAGUGAUACAUAAGGAUGAUCUACACAUUUAUUUUAUCUGUUACUUAUUUCUUGUACAAAUCUUUAUUUUUAGAUGCAGGGAAACUAUUACAUUGUAAAGCAUAGAUCAUAAUAUUCAUUUCAUGAUUGUAUAAAAUAUUUAGGAAAUAGUAAAGUAAAUAAUAUUUUAUACUAGAA